UGUGCCAGUCUAUGAGGAAAAUCAUAUCUUUUCACCUGUGUGAGCUCCAUUGACUGUAGGGAGUGACCAGAGUGACCAUCAACGUCUUCUAAUACAGUCAACAGCGUGGACCUGAGGUGGAGCGGCGAACCAUCCAGGAUUUUCCCCACCUUUGCUCAGCAGUGGCUGUGUUACCUCCAACACCUCCAUGACCGUGAACAGAGAAGAUAGAAAGAUGGACUUUGUAACAUUUGAGGCAAUGAAGAACUGCACCCAGUAGUUUUUGGUGCAACUGCAACAUCCAGUUUCUGGUGAAUUCUGAUCACAGGUGGCGUCUUGGUGUGUCAUCAGAGUUAGAAGGCAGUUCUUGCAACACUACAGUACUUUUCAUCCAGGAAAAAACAUGUAUUCAAAUCUAAAGUGUGUACAUUUGACACGCCUGCCUCAGAUGAUUUCAUAUCUAAUCUCACUGACUGUUCUGAUACGUCAGUUUAACGGCCCAAGAACCCACUCAGACUCACACAUAGAGCACCUGAACUCUGGAACCUCCAACCUCGUCUGACUUCAUGUUUUGCUCCUGACUAGUAAGCAAAGUCUAAAACACCAAAGGUUGCAGUUCCUCGGAAUGCCACUAGAGGUUGGUUUCAGGAAGGAACCCUUUUUUUAAUGUUAAUAUAUUUAACUUUAUAAAAAAAACUCAGCUGCUUUUACAGUCUGCUGUCAGAACAUUUUAAUAUUAUUCAACUGAUGUGUUUUCAUCUCCGAUGAUAUCUUCACAAACCGGAAGAAAGAUCAGGCUGGAGCAAUGGCGUCAUCAGCAGUUACCAUAGCAACCCCCAUCAGCUCGUCAACUGGUUCGGCGGGCGCGUGCGCGUCAGCAGGCGAAGAGAGGCGGGUUGUCGUGCCCCUGAAGCACACACUCAGGUCCGAGUCCGGAUCUCGCCACCGCGGCCUUUCGGAGGAGCGCGCGGCCAGAGCGAGCGGUGCGAGGAGGAACUGAGGAGCCCGGAUCGGCUGCGGAAGGAGGUGCUGGUUGCAGCGGGCGCAGCGGCAGCUCCUCUGAGACUCAGAUGAAUCUAUGAUGCAGAUGCAGCAGACACCUUUUCAUCCGGGAGGUGUGACGGCAGCACAGCCGCUGGAGAUCAUCCCAGCUCCCGCUUUCUCCGCUCCUCCUCCUCCUCCUCCUCCUCCUCCUCUGCGGACGAAGAUGGAGCAGAAAAGGAACGGACGGGUUUGACAGACCGCUGAAUGGGGCCCCCGAAUCCUCGUCCAUGGAUUGGCCUGUUAGCUCGGCCUUGCGGGGCAGCAACUCCACAUCUGAGUCGGUGGGGGUACGUCUCAUCAACCACCUGAGCACCGCUUCACCUGCGUUGCCCAGGGUCGUUUCCAUAGUGACCAGCCUGAUGACUGCCACCACCAAGACUUCAACGCCUCCAGGAAACCUGACAGCGCUCAAAGAGCAGAGAGACAGUGACUCCGGGACCCAUCAGACGUCCACUGUGCCGGUUCUGACGUUUGCAGAGACCAGCUCAGCUCUGCAGGGAGUCACUGUGGCAGCUCAGGCUCUGGUGCUGCUCUCCAUCUUUAUCCUGUCCAGCCUGGGUAACGCAGCAGUGAUCAUCGUCAUCAUCAAACACAGACAGCUGUGGACCGUGACCAACGCGUUCAUCAUGUCGCUGUCUUUGUCGGACUUCCUCACUGCCGUUCUUUGCCUGCCCUUCUCCUUCGUCAUGCUCUUCAGCAAGGAUGGUGUGUGGAUGUUUGGAGAGGCAUUCUGUGUUGCCAAUGGAUUCUUCAACACUUGUUUUGGCAUCGUCUCCACUCUCACAAUGACUCUGAUCUCCUUUGACAGGUACUAUGCCAUCGUCAAGCAGCCACAGGCUAAAAUUGGGCGUCAGAGAGCAACUCAGUUGCUGGUGGUUGUCUGGUUAAUGGCAGUUUUUUUCUCUCUUCCCUGGUAUCUGUUAGUUCAUAGACCGACGCAGGUGCACAAAAAAGGUUUUUACCACUGCAUGUAUGUGUUCCACUCAGGUAGCUCUAGCAUGGGGGCACUUUACAGCAUCUGCCUCAUCCUGGUGUGCUACCUUCUGCCCUUUUCCCUCAUGUGUUUUUGUCACUACAACAUCUGUAAAACUGUUCGCCUCUCUGAGAUCAGGGUGAGGCCUGUGACCACUUACGCAUACCUGCUGCGAUUUUACAGUGAAAUGAGGACAGCCACCACUGUGUUGAUCAUGAUCGUCUUUAUCAUUGUUUGCUGGGGGCCGUAUUGUCUGAUGGGGUUGGUCACAGCAAUCGGAGGCUACUCUUUCAACUCUGCCAUGGACACAGUGGCUAUUUGGUUAGCCUGGGCUAAUGGAGCCAUCAACCCUCUGAUCUAUGCUGUAAGAAACCCCAACAUAUCCAUGUUGCUGGGGCGCAGUAGGGAGGAGGGCUAUCGGACUGCACACCUCUCGAACCAGAGUCAGAACCGGGAGGUUCGGCUGAACCAAGCAGUGAGAAUCAAGGACAGAUACAUGAGCAGACCAGGGAUAAACAACUGCAGCCGGCUGUCCAGUUCAAGUCCUGGAAAAACCGGAGGGGCGGGAGAUGUGGCAAUGUGGGCCCACAGGAACCCUACAGUCUUCUUCUGCCGGGACGCCCAGCAAGACACGGCAGUGCAGGCCCACACUGCCAGGGCUCCAAAGACUAAGACGGCUGACACCAGCCUGUAAAAAGCUGAGUCCAGCCCAGUACACUGAGCUGAGGCUGUGAGGAAAACAAUGCUGCGUCCUCAACCGGACUUUUCUCAUGGGACUGCUUUGUUUGUUCUAUUCAAGACCUCUGUCUGAUUUGAACGUCUUUUUCUGUUUGGAUCAAACGCUGCUUAUUCAUCAGUCAUGGAGUCAGAAGGAGCCAAACGCCCAGACUCAGCAGAACUGUACACAACGGAAAAACUGAAGCUAAGACGUUUGAACUGUUUGGUGUCAGCAGAGGACCAGUGCCAUUCCUGUUUUAGUCUACUGUGUUCAGUCUACAAAUGAAUCAAAGAAGAUGAAAAGGUUUACGGAAGAGUCAGAUUUACACCAGGCAGUGUCAAGGGGCUACGCAAAGGAAGCUAAAAAAACAAAACAAUAAAUGACUGUUGUAACCCUU